CUGGUUAACCAGCUAUCCAUCAGAGAAAUUUCCAGUUAGCAUCCUCCAAAAUGGGAUCAAAAUGACCAAUGAGCCCCCCAAAGGGCUCCGGGCCAACCUUUUGCGCUCCUACCUCAAUGACCCCAUCUCGGACCCCCUAUUCUUCCAAAGCUGCACAAAGGCAGUCAUGUGGCAAAAGCUGUUAUUUGGCCUUUGUUUCUUCCAUGCCAUUGUUCAAGAGAGGAGAAACUUCGGACCCCUAGGUUGGAAUAUUCCUUAUGAAUUCAAUGAAUCUGACCUGAGGAUUAGUAUGCGGCAGAUCCAGAUGUUUCUGAAUGACUGCAAGGAGGUGCCAUUUGAUGCUCUAAUUUACCUAACAGGGGAAUGUAAUUAUGGAGGCAGAGUGACUGAUGACAAAGACAGGCGUCUCCUGCUGUCCCUUCUGUCCACGUUCUACUGCAAGGAAAUUGAGGAGGAUCAUUACUGUCUCGCUCCUGGAGACAUUUACUACAUCCCUCCUCAUGGCUCCUACCAGUCCUAUAUCGACUAUCUCAGGAACCUACCCAUCACAGCCCACCCAGAAGUCUUUGGCCUCCAUGAGAAUGCUGACAUCACCAAGGACAACCAGGAAACCAACCAGCUGUUUCAAGGGGUGCUGCUGACCCUCCCUAGGCAGGCAGGAGGGAGUGGCAAAUCCCCCCAGGAAGUGAUUGAAGAGCUGGCCCAGGACAUACUUGCCAAGCUUCCCAAUGACUUCGACCUGGAAGUGGUUGUGAAGUUGUACCCUGUGGUCUAUGAGGAAUCCAUGAACACUGUCCUAAGACAGGAGCUCAUCAGAUUCAACAGGCUGACCAAAGUGGUUCGCGGAAGCCUCAUUAAUCUUGGCCGAGCUAUCAAAGGACAGGUCCUGAUGUCCUCAGAGCUGGAGGAUGUCUUCAGUAGCAUGAUCGUGGGUAAAGUACCAGCCAUGUGGAUGGCCAAGUCCUACCCAUCACUAAAGCCACUUGGGGGCUAUGUGGCUGACCUGCUGGCCCGCCUGGCCUUCUUCCAGGAAUGGAUUGACCAUGGGCCCCCUGUGGUCUUUUGGAUCUCUGGAUUCUACUUCACACAGUCUUUUUUGACGGGUGUCUCUCAGAAUUUUGCCCGGAAAUACACCAUCCCCAUUGACCACAUCGGAUUUGAGUUUGAGGUUACCCCACAAGAAACAGUCAUGGAGAGUAGCCCAGAAGAUGGGGCCUACAUAAAAGGCCUCUUCUUAGAAGGUGCCCGCUGGGACAGGAAAACAAAGCAGAUUGGGGAGUCUUUCCCCAAAAUUCUCUAUGACCCAUUGCCCAUUAUUUGGCUGAAACCUGGGGAAAGUGCGAUGUUUCUGCAUCAGAACAUUUAUGUGUGUCCAGUCUACAAAACGAGUGCCCGAAGAGGCAUCCUCUCUACCACAGGCCACUCCACCAACUAUGUCCUCUCCAUUGAACUACCAACAGACAGGCCCCAGAAGCACUGGAUAAACCGAGGGGUAGCCUCUCUGUGCCAGCUGGAUAAUUAAUGGCAUCUGUCUCAAUGCAGAAAA